AUGCUGCAGGCCCCCGGAGGCGGCGCGGGGCCGCCGGGCCCCGUACCGAGCCCCCUGGCGGCGCGGUGGAGCCUGGGGCUGCGGCUGCUGCGGGAUGCGUCGCGGUCUGGCACGCAGUUCGGCAACAUCCCCUGGAACCAGGCCAUCAGCGCAUCCGGGAAGGGCAGGCAGUGGCAGCAUGCUCUCGCGCUGCUGAGCGAGAUGGUGCAGUCAGAGGUGGAGUUGGAUGAAUUCAGCUGCACUGCCGGGAUCAGCGCCUGCGAGAAGGGCGGUCAAUGGCAGUGGGCGUUGUCGUUGCUGAGCGAGCUCUGGGAGGCUAAACUGCAGCUGGGCAUCAUCAGCUGCAACGCCGCAGUCAGCGCGUGCGAGAAAGGCAAGCAAUGGCAACAUGCACUGUCGGUUCUCAAGCUAGCUCGGGAAGUGGAACUGGAGCCCAACACCAUCAGCUACAAUGCUGGACUCAGCGCGUGCGAGAAAGGUUGGCAGUGGCAGCGAGCGCUGCUGUUGCUCGGCGAGUUGAGGGAGGUAGAGUUGGAGCCGACCAGUAUCUCCUACAAUGCCGGGAUCAGCGCGUGCGAGAAAGGCGGACAAUGGCGGCUGGCGCUGCGGCUGCUCACCGAGCUCCUGGAGGUGAGGCUGGAGCCCACCGUGAUCAGCUACAGCGCCGGAGUCAGCGCGUGCGAGAAAGGGGGACAGUGGCAGCAGGCGCUGGCUGUGCUCGCCGCUUUGCGCGAGGCAUUGCUGGAACCAAAUACGAUCACCUACAACGCCGGGAUCAGCGCGUGCGAGAAGGGCAGGCAGUGGCAGCAAGCGCUGUGUCUGCUCAGCGAGUCGUCGGAGUUGCGCGCGAAUCCACAUGUAAUAAAUGGCCAUAAUGCUGCGAUUAGCGCGUGCGAGAAGGCGGGGCAGUGGCAGCGGGCGCUGUUGUUGUUCAUGGCGCUUCGCGAGGUGGAGUUGGAGCCGCAAGCCAUAAGCUACAAUGCUGUAAUUAGCGCGUGCGACAAAGGAUCGCAAUGGGAGCAUGCACUGGCACUUCUCGGAGAAAUGCGGGAGACGAAUCUGGAACCAGACGUCAUAAGUUGCAGUGCUGGAGUCAGUGCAUGCGAGAGGGGUGGGCUGUGGCAGCAGGCGUUGUUGCUUCUUCGUGAUUUGCGGGAGGCGCAGGUGGAGCUAGACGUCAUUAUCUGCAGUGCUGGCGUCAGCGCUUGCGAAAAGGGCGGGCAGUGGCAGCAGGCGAUACAUUUACUCAGCAUGCUGUUGGAUGCACAGGUGGAUCCAGACGUUAUCAUCUACAGUUCUGUAAUCAGCGCGUGCGAGAAACUCGGGCAGUGGCAGGUGGUGCUGUCGCUCCUCAGUGACAUGUGGAACUCGAAGAUGCAUCCAGACAUCAUGAGCUACCAAGCUGGGGUAAAUGCGUGCGAGCAAGGCGGGCGGUGGCGGGCAGCGCUGUCAUUGCUCAGGAAGGUGAUGGAAUUCGUAUCGGAGACUAGCGCGGACGGUUCGCACUAG